UAUAUUAUUACUCACUGUGCAGUAGACACCCUUCUUUGUAAAUUUAGCAUAGGAAAGUUUGAAGCGUUUAUUGCCGGGGUUGUAGUUAAUUGCCUCAGAUUUUAAAGUGCCAAGUUUAACAGAGCGUGGCACUUAUUUAUCACCAAAAGAAACACCUUGAGGAUCCACAGUUUAUUACAUAACCCAACAUUUUGGUUUCACCUUCUUUUGUUUACAAACUUCGAAUGAACAAGACCUAAUUGUCUUUGCCGAUAGUUUAACAAUGUCCUUUGAGGACAGUUCUGCAAUAAUUAAAGUCGAAGUGAAGCAAGAGGAGGACAUCAAUUCAUCCAUUUCAAGAAACAUUUACGUAAGCAACAUAGUCACGGAAGCAAUAAAGGAAGACCAGGAGAUAACUGUAGAACGUCUUAAAUACGAAGAACAAUCGCGUAUUAUGCAGCCGUUUCAAAAGAAAGGCGCCUUAGUGUGGUGCAAAGACGGAGACUCGUGGUGGAGCGCUCUGCUGAUAAGUCAAGAUGGCCGUUCGAAGGCUUUGAAAGUUUUCAUUUUUGGCACUCAUACUAUUUCCCACGUUCCAGAAAAUGACGUUCAAGAUUUCGUCGAGCACUUUGAUGAACACGUUGCGGAAGGUCGGAGUAGGGGUUGCGUGUUUAAAGAAGGCGUUGUUGAAGCUCUCGUUGAACUUCAUCUUGGGCAGAAGAAUUUCACUCUGGACGACGUGAUUAAUUUAAAAUUAAACGACUUCCCAGCUCGCGCCUAUCGUAUUCCAAAAUGGGUUCAAGUGUAUCUAAAUGAUAAGAAAAUGAAGAAAGUUAGCAAAGGGCAAUAUUUAAAUGGAAGGUCAUUAAAAAGGGCCAUGUCCGAUUUCGAGCAGAGGGAGUUCAACAAAGGGAGCCUCGUUUGGGGAAAAUUUGGAAAAAGUUGGUGGGCCGCCGUUGUGCUAACCAGAAAUUCAUAUACCAAUAAGGACGAUAAAUAUAAAGUCAUGUGGCUGAAUGAUUUCACUACUUCUGUGAUUGAAUCAGACGAGGUACUCGACUUUGUCGACAAUUUUCAAACGAUUACCGAUCAGUAUAUGAAGCGAAUGUCCGAGACCUGGAGGCGCGGCACUAUUAACGCGUUAGGUGAACUCUACAAUAAGGAACGGAAAUUUACCCACGAAGAUCUUGAACGAUUUGUAAAGGAGGGACUUAAUAACCUUCCUGUUCGCAUUGAUCAUAUACCUACCUCUGUUCAAAACGCUCUGGAGAAGAAGCAUAAUAAUUUUAAGGCCCACAAAAAGACGUGUCCAAAGAAUUAUAAAGGUCUUAUUCGAAAACUCUUGUCAAAAGGUGAAACCCUGGUAGAUGUCCGUUUGUGUCUUGGAUGUUACGCGGAUGACGAACUGUGCCAUGAGCAUCCUCUAUUUGUUGGCGAUCUCUGUAAAAAAUGCUUUGUAAGUAUGCUAUAUUUUCAUUUCAUUUAGCAGGAUCUCGCCCCCGAUAUAGGUAACUUGCCCUUUGUUCAGAAAAUUCAAGCCUACAGUUGAGAAUCGAGGUUAGUCCCGGUAUUAGGUGUCGUGACUAACGCGCGGUUACCCCCGUGACGACGAAAUUGUUAGUACACACAUCAAACAAUUUGACAAUUUCCACAUA